UCAUUCUGCAAUUCUACAAUGAAAUUCCGCUUCUGUGGUGAUCUGGACUGCCCCGACUGGGUUCUCGCCGAGAUUUCGCUGCUCUCAAAGAUGACUUCCGUCAAGAUGAAGCUUCUGGUCGUCCAAGUCAUCGACAGCAUCAUUGGUGGAAACAUUGAUUACAACAAAGUGUUCAAGCUGACUUCUGAUGCGAAAUACGAGCUCUCGGAUGUCAAGGCCUCGAUUGCUGCCAUUUCCUUCAUUAUCAGCUCGUCCAGCAAGUAUGCUGUCGAUGGCGAGUCUCUGUCGAACGAGUUGCAGCAGCUCGGUUUGCCGAAAGAACACGCCGGUGCAUUGUGCCGUGCCUACGCCGACAGUCUGGACAAGCUGCAGACUCUCUUCAAGGCCCAAUCGUUGCGCCUCCCUACGCUGAAGGACUCGCAAUGGCGCGUGGACUACCUCCUGAGCUCGAGCGAACUUGAAACCAUUGCCGAACCCUCGGUCACGCUGAACCUGACGUUGGAGACUGCCGUCCCGAAGCAAACCAAGAAGAAGCCGGCCGAGCUCAACGCUGACGGCGAGGCGGUGGCUUCGCAAGAAGCAGAGCAAGCACAGACUGUGACGAGCAACGUGGCAUUUGAGAUCUCUUCGGACAAGUUCCGUUUGCUAUUUAGCGAGCUGAAGCACGCACACGAUGUCUUGAGCGCAGUGUAGGAGGCCAUUUCUUUGUUAAUCUGUUGUAUUGUUGUAGUUCUUGGUGUUUGUGCUUAUUUCCCAGUGCUUUGUUUGCUUCAAAAAAAAAAAGUUGCAACUCGAAAAUGUCAAAAUAGCGUUAUCUUUUG